UUGUAAAGAGAGAUGUUAGGGUUGAUUCUUGUCGUAUUGGCUGCUGCUGGUUUCGGCAACUGCCAUGGCUAUGGCAGAAAUGUAACAUACGAUGGAAGAUCAUUGAUCAUCGAUUCCCAUCACUUGCUUCUCUUCUCUGGCUCUAUUCACUAUCCUCGUAGCACUCCUCAGAUGUGGCCGUCGCUUAUAUCCAAAGCAAAACAAGGAGGGAUUGAUGUGAUUCAGACUUACGUGUUUUGGAACCUUCACGAGCCCCAACAAGGACAGUAUGAUUUCAGCGGAAGGCGUGAUAUAGUAAGGUUCAUAAGAGAAGUUGAAGCUCAGGGCUUGUACGUUUGCCUCAGAAUUGGACCCUUCAUUGAGAGCGAAUGGACUUACGGGGGACUGCCGUUUUGGCUGCACGAUGUUCCCGGCAUCGUCUUUCGAUCCGAUAACGGACCAUUCAAGUUUCACAUGCAAAAGUGGGUGACAAAAGUGGUAAACAUGAUGAGAUCAGAGAAACUAUAUGCUUCACAAGGAGGGCCUAUUAUACUAUCACAGAUAGAGAAUGAGUAUCAAAGAGUAGAAGGAGCUUUCAAUGGCAAAGGGUCAAGCUAUGUUAAGUGGGCUGCAGGCCUUGCUGUAGGACUUCAAACAGGGGUGCCAUGGAUAAUGUGCAGCCAGCAAGACGCCCCCGACCCUGUGAUAAACACAUGCAAUGGAUUUGAAUGUGGAGUAAGAUUCCGAGGACCCAACUCUCCCAAUAAGCCAUCCAUGUGGACUGAAAACUGGACAAGUUUCGUGCAAAGGUAUGGUCAGGAGCCGUUCAUGAGAUCUGCCGAAGAAAUUGCUUUCCAUGUCGCUUUGUUCAUUGCCAAAAAUGGAACUUACGUUAAUUACUAUAUGUAUCAUGGAGGUACCAAUUUUGGAAGAACAGGUGCUGCACGAGUAAUUACAAGUUACUACGAUCAAGCACCUCUUGAUGAAUAUGGUUUAAUUAGGCAGCCUGUAUGGGGUCACCUUAAGGAACUGCAUGCUGCAAUAAGAUUAUGCACAGUUCCUCUCCUUUCUGGACUUCAUGAAACUUCCUCUUUGGGUUAUCUUCAAACUGCUUAUGUAUUCAAAGGAAAAUCAGGGGAAUGUGCUGCAUUUUUGGUGAACAAAGACGACUCCUCGAAUGCUAGAGUUCGUUUCCAGAACAUUUCAUUCGAGUUGCCGUCGAUGUCGAUAAGCAUUCUUCCGGACUGCAAGAAUGUAGCCUUUAAUACAGCGAAAGUGAGCACACAGAACAAUACAAGAUCAAGGAGGGUGAAGCACAUAUUCGAUUCGACGGAGAGAUGGAAAGAGUACGCGGAGCCUAUCCCGACGUUUUCGAAUACGUCGUUGAGAGCCGAAGUUCUGCUGGAUCAGAUGAGUACGACCAAAGAUACAUCGGACUACCUUUGGUACACCGUCUGCUUUCAGCACGACCCUGAUGCUCAAGUCGAACUUUCUGUGCUUUCCAAUGCUCAUGUUGUACAUGCAUUCGUCAAUGGACGAUACAAAGGAUAUGCAUACGGUGGGAGAAACAACUUCGUACUGGAGAAAACAGUCGAGUUGAAGAACGGAACGAAUAAUAUCACCUUACUCAGUGUAAUGGUUGGAUUACCGGACUCAGGAGCAUAUCUUGAGAGCAAGACUGCAGGCAUACGAAGUGUAAGGAUUCAAAACAAAUAUCUCAAUAACUAUCAAUGGGGAUAUCAGAUUGGCUUGUUAGGAGAAAGGUUAAGAAUAUUUAGUACCGAACACGAAGUUCAAUGGAGUCCGUAUCAAGCCAGAGGACAUCGAUUAAUUUGGUACAAGACAUGGUUCGAUGCACUGAGUGGGGAUGAACCACUGGCAUUGAACCUCGGGUCCAUGGGGAAGGGUGAGGUGUGGGUGAACGGCGAAAGCAUCGGGCGAUAUUGGGUAUCAAUUCACACGCCGGAACAUAGGCCUUCACAAACGUGGUACAAUGUGCCUCGAUCUUUCUUAAAACCCCGGGGAAACAUAUUGGUCCUACUGGAAGAAGAAUAUGGGAACCCUCUUGGGAUCACGUUGGAUGGUGUAUCCAUUACAUAAGUAACCAUGUUAUUUAUUUUUAUAUUAUCAUAUGGAUCACGUAUUUUAAAUAAUCAUUA